AUUUCCGGCCCCUAAUACCCCGGACUUGGGCGUGUGACGUCACGAGCACACUACGGAACGCCGCUGGUGACUAAGAUCAGAAAGCGCGGACAGAGUGAAACGGGAAUUAUUUGAGUUGCUUUGUGAAAUGGUUAAUUAAAGCUGAAGAAAUGGACUGUUCAAAGAGGAAUUUACGAUCAGGGAAGGAGAAGAGAGAGGAACGGCCUGAGAAUAAAGACGGACAAGCUCUCCCUGAAUGCACUGGCGCUGUAGAUAAUGGUGAAAAUGAAGGAACUCUGAGUCAGUGUGAAGGUGCACACAAUGCCUCUGUAGCCUCUUCAGAGGAGAAUAACAGCCGUGCGUGUCGUGAGUGUGAUUUCGUGGCUAAAACUCCUACUGCUCUGAAAAUCCACUGCAGGAGGAAACACAGUAGCUUGCACGCCGAGGCGACGGGUACGACAGGUACAGAGGAAACACGCACAGCUGAAAAUAUUGCAGAGGAGAUGCCUCCUACAGAUCAACCGAGAUCUACAGUGGCCCCUACAGAGCAGCUGAGCACUGACUCACCCCCUGUAGACCAGCUCAGCACUGAUGAACCCCCUAUAGACCAUCUCAGCACUGACGCACCCCCUAUAGAGCAGCCCAGCUCUGCAGCACACUCUAUAGACCAGCUCAGCCCUGGCGUACCCCCUAUAGACCAGCUCAACUCUGGUGUACCCCCUAUAGACCAGCUCAACUCUGGUGUACCCUCUAUAGACCAGCUCAGCCCUGGCGUACCCCCUGUAGACCAGCUCAACUCUGGUGUACCCCCUAUAGACCAGCUCAACUCUGGUGUACCCCCUAUAGACCAGCUCAACUCUGGUGUACCCUCUAUAGACCAGCUCAACUCUGCUGUACCCCCUAUAGACCAGCUCAACUCUGGUGUACCCUCUAUAGACCAGCUCAGUGCUGGAGCACAGCGUUUUGAGCGUCUGUACUGCAGGUGCUGCAGUUUUUACACCUGCACAGCAGAGGAGAUGAACGCACACCUGAGCGAUGAGUCCCACCGAAACUUGGCGAUGGAGAAAAACAUUGGCCCGCUGUUUGAGCAGUGUGUUGAAAAAGUGCUUGUCAUUCUGUCAGACGAACAAAAACAUAGAGAUGAGCAGAAUGAACAUAAUGAGAACAUCAGUGAAGAUGUCAGUGAGGAUGUUCGUGAGACGGAAUCAGCUGAACACACUUUAGCAGAGUUAGUCGGGGCUAGCGCUUCUCACAAACGAAAACGCGGAAGGCCCAAGUCGUCUCAGGUAAUGAGCUGCAGUCACUGCGGCCUCGUGGCCUCCAAUCCCACAAACCUUAGUGUCCACAUCCGCCGCAAACACAGCCGCCUGUACAGCUUCCACUGCAAACUGUGCAACUACUCCUGCGUGACCAAAGGAGACAUGGACCGGCACUGCGAAACCAAAAAGCACAUUAAACGAGUGCAGAGCGACGGCGAUGGGCAGGAGGCAGUCAUCAUGCUAAAUGCUGAGCAGGCAGCUCAGACCGGCGAGGCAGGGCCAGCCGAGAAAACACACGAUGCACCGAAUGCUGCACAGCAGGAAACACCAAAUGUAGAGGAGGAAGGAGAGACAGAGGGAACGGGAAGUGACGUUCCCUGUAAAAAGCCCAAGUACGACUCAGUUUACUCAUGCGAACACUGUUACUUUGUUGCGCAUUCUGCGCUUUCUCUAGCCCUGCACGUGCGCCGCAAACACACGCGGGAUUUCGAGUUUGUGUGUCUGGCAUGCAGUUAUUACGCAGUGACACGCAGAGAAAUGUCACGUCACACUGCAACCGAGAAACACAAACUCAAACGCCAGAGAUACCUACAGAAACGGCACAACACACACCAACAAGACAAGAAUGUGGAUAAACACAGUGAGAACACAAGCCAACUUGCUGAAAACGCAAACCAACAAUCAGAUAGCACAGACAAAAACAUAGAAAACGCACAUGAAAAUACUGACAACUCGCACCCACACACUGAGACCAAACCCCAAUUCUGUGACAACAAGCAGCAAAACACCAAAACCUUGAACCAGAAUACUGAUCCAGAGCCAGACUCUGGUGGUAACGACGGUUUGAAUAACGAUGCAGCAAAAGCCACAGCAGCCGGAAAAGGAAGUGCAGGUGAGGAAGAGCUGAAUAUUAACCAACAGCUGAAGUCCAGUGAAGAUACAAAUGGCCCUAAAGAUUCAUUAGAGUUCCCCGAACCAUCAAAUAAUGAAGAGGGUGAGGAGGAAUACAAUAAUGGUGGUGAUGAUGAUGAUGAUGAUGAUGAUAAUAAUGAUGAUGAAGAAGAAGAGGAGGACAUGUGUGAGACGACUGCUGAAAGUCCAUCUAGUGAGAGGCGUGUGUUCAGAGCAACUGCGUUUGAUGAGUGCGUCUUUUCCUUGAAAGCGCCGACAGAUGGACUGUGCAAUGAAGAUGAUGGAGAGUCAUAUAAAUCCCUCAAUCAGGCCGCAAAAAUGCUAAAAAUGUCAGAGGGACAUGAUGUGAGCACACGGGUCCGGUGUGAUGACUGCGGGUUCUUGGCAGAGGGACUCAGCGGCCUGAACGUCCACAUCACGAUGAAACACUCAUCGAAGGAGAAGCACUUUCACUGCCUGCUGUGCGGGAAGUCCUUCCACUCGGACAGCAGCCUGCAGCAGCACCUAAGCAGCUCGGCACACCUACGGACGGAGCGCAACAGCGUGGACGAGCGGCCUGAUGGAGGCGCCGCCUUCCGGUGUGUGCGCUGUAAUGAGCCCUGCAACUCAGAGCAAGAACUUUUCGUUCACAUCAAAGAGAAACACGAGGAGCUGCUGCGUGAGGUGAAUAAGUAUGUAAUGGAGGACACAGAGCAGAUCAACCGUGAAAGAGAAGAAAACCCUGGAAACGUGUGUAAAUACUGUGGCAAGGUGUGCAAGAGCAGCAACUCCAUGGCCUUCCUCGCGCAUGUCCGCACACACACAGGUUCAAAACCAUUUAUGUGUAAGAUCUGUAAUUUUGCAACGGCGCAACUCGGAGAUGCCAGAAAUCACGUAAAGAGACACCUCGGCAUGAGGGAGUACAAAUGUCAUCUCUGUGGGUGGGCUUUUGUGAUGAAGAAACAUCUGAACACACACUUGCUGGGAAAACAUGGACUAGGCCAGCCAAAAGAGAGGAAGUAUGAUUGUGAAUUGUGUGACCGGAGUUUCAGUGAGAAGUGGGCCCUUAAUAACCACAUGAAGCUUCACACUGGAGACAAACCCUUUAAGUGCCCUUGGUCAUCUUGUCACUAUGCCUUUCUCACACACUCAGCUAUGAAGGACCACUACAGGACACACACAGGUGAAAAGUCAUUUCUGUGUGAUCUCUGUGGUUUUGCUGGUGGAACUCGACACGCUCUCACUAAACACCGGCGCCAACACACAGGUGAGCGUCCAUUCCGUUGUGAUCUCUGCAGUUUUGCCUCGACCACUCAGUCUCAUUUGACCCGACACAAACGCGUUCACACAGGAGAGAAACCAUACCGCUGCCCCUGGUGUGACUACAGGUCAAACUGUGCAGAGAAUAUCCGUAAGCACAUCCUCCACACAGGGAAACAUGAGGGUGUGAUGAUGUACAACUGCCCUCGCUGUGAUUUCUGUACCAAUUCACCAUCCGAGUUCCGUAACCACCUUAAAGACAAACACCGGGACAUUGAGAACCCUGACCUCGCUUACCUUCAUGCAGGAAUCGUGUCGAAGUCAUUCGAGUGUCGGCUGAAAGGGCAGGGGUCAUCAUACGUGGAGGCCGAUGCCCCCUUCACACCAGACGAGGGCCGUUUAGGAGCUGAAACACUGCAGCAAGUCAUCAUCAUCCAGGGAUACGGAGAGGAGGCGGAGCUACAGGGAACAGAGAUGGAGGAGGCCGAGCUGGAGGAAUCGGCAGCCGCUACUCUGCAGACGUUGGCCAUGUCCUCCGUCAAUGCCGAGCUGCUGCAGGUUACGCAGGAUGGAUGCAUUAUUCCCUACACACACAAAAACUAUGUCCUGGUUGAGUCGUCAGGCUCAGGGGUGGAGCAAACAUUGCAGAGGGCAGAGCAAACAUCACAUGAAACCAAUCAGGAAGGGGCGGGCCCCUCUACAGCGCUAGAUGCUCUGCUGUGCGCAGUGUCAGAGAUCGACCAGCAGGAUGGUGCUGCUCAGCAAGACAUCAGAACCACCACUGAACAACAAGCACACGCCCAGGGGGAAGGGCAGGAGGCAGUGCAAGUUUACGGGGAGGUUGUACAGGUGUUGGGCCACGCCCAUGAGGAAGUCCUACAGUUUGCUGCCAGUCAACUGAUGAUGAGAGAAGGGUUAACACAAGUGAUUGUGAACGAUGAGGGAACGCAUUACAUUGUGACAGAGGUGGCUGACAGCACUGUAUAUACGCAGAGUGAGGGGGCGGAGUCUGGGCAGGAGGUAGGGCUUGUAGAUGAUGCAGGAAACCAGCCCAGUGAGGCUUCAGUCACAUAUGAACCAGUCAGCCUUAAACAAGAAGCUCAGGAAUGAUUGUGGAAGGGCUGAAGAGCUUAGCCCCACCCCUUUUGCCAUAUGAUACUUCUGGCUCCACCCAUUAUUUACAUAACUAAAAGUACAGCUACUGAACCUGCUAUGGUGUGAUGUAGAGGAUUAUAUUAUUAUUAUUAUUAUUAUUAUUUUAUUAUUUCUAGGUAUUAUUAUUAAAAUUAAUUUUGUUUCAGAGGAAUGUGUGACCAGUGUAGAUUACAUAGAUGUUUUCCUAGCUAAAGCAUAAAGUAUCAAUAAAUGCGAAUGCAUAAAUGUGACAUUUAGGUUUACAGACUGCAAAUUUACAGUCAGAUUUGUAAAUCUGCAAUGUAAAAAAGGUACACUUCUUAUAUUACAGCUAUGAAUCUUAUUUUACAGCUUUACAACAUUACAGCACUACUUUUACAAAACUGGUGGAUAUGACGGGGAUUUGUGGAUAGCUCCAGAGAGCCAAGGGGGUGGGGUCAAAUUCAAAACUCCAGAGUCGAUGAAGUGUGACCAACUGGAUAACUCUAGAGAGCUGAGGCCAUGUGUAGAGCUUCAGAGAGCUAACCUGAUUGGGGCAGAGGGCAGGGCCAAGUGGAUAGUUUGAGUGAGCCAAGGGGGUGGAGCCAGAUGCCAAAGCACUGAGGAGGCAGGGCUAAAACACAAACCAAUGAAUUAUAGAUUUGUGUUUUGAUAAAAAUGAAAGAUUACAGUGUUGCAUUCAUGUACAAUCAGCUUUGUGAGGAGCUUAAUCCGAUUUACAGUUGUCACCUGAGUUCAGAUCAGGAGAGUAACACACGUCUCACACAUACAGACCACGUUGAAACUCUUCUGUAGAUCAGAUUCAGUUUUUCCUGCUCUGUUUUGUAGAUUUUUUUGAAAUGCCUGAUAGCGAAUGGUUAAAUGAAACACACAUUUGUUAAUUUAACUGAAUUUCAAUAAACAUGUAUAAAUAAAUAAACCAUGCAUGUGUUUUUGA